AGAUUGCUGGAUUCUGCCUGUGUUAACAAUGGUCCAACAUUUGGUUUUGAGAUACGUGCGAGGUUCCAUAGACCAACCAUUACUGGAAACGAAAAAAGCUUGCUAUGGUUUGGACUUUCUUACUGAGGACAUCCGCGAUCCUGUUACAGACAUGUCUGUUGUUACAGACAUGUCUGCCAGUGGUCAAAUCAACGGACACAGUGUCUGUAGAUGACAUUGUGGCUCAGGCUAUAGAUAAUGGCUACCGAUACGUCAGGUUCGAGAGGACAUGCCUCAAUAUAGACGAUCAGGUACUUCCAAGAGAUGAAAAACAACUUUUCACUUUCAUCAGAAAACAGACCUUUUCUGAAGGAUUGACAUCGGAUGCUGGAAGACUAUACAUAGCAAUAAACAAAGAACUUGUAAAAUUGUCUGGUAAAAACAUUACCCAGUUAGUCAGAUCAAAGGCCUAUCGGGACUCCUUUGCUCGACAGUUCUGUCGACGAUCAUCCCUGAGGUGUUCCGAGUUUGUCCGGUCGCCGUACCGCUCUGCCGACGGUCGCUGUAACAACCUCCUGUAUCCCACCCUUGGAUCACGUGGUGCCACUCAAUCCCGAUAUCUUCCACCCAAGUACGAGGACGGUAAUUACACAAGAAUUACACAACCACGGAACCUAUCGGGAACUGGGAAGCCAUUGCUGAGUCCACGCCUGAUCAGUAACGAAAUGUUCCAGGGACCGCAUCCAGGGAAGCCCACCCCCAAGGACAGAAAACUGUCUCUGAUGACCUUCACCUGGGGUCAGUUCAUGAUCCAUGACGUCGUUCUGACUCCCGUGUCAACCAAUGAGGAUGGAGAGGAACUUAAAUGCUGUGACGAAGAUGCUGACCAUCUGGACUGCCUGCCGAUCGACAUUCCCCCGGACGACCCCAAUUUCAGAGGACGACAGAACUGUAUGUCCUUCUCUCGCUCUAUUCCUGCAGAGUCCUACGACGGAUGUGCUCCCGGACAUAGGGAGCAGGUGAAUCGUCUGACGUCAUUCAUAGACGCUGGAAACGUGUACGGCGAUAGUCUGCUAUCUCAUGCUCUUCUGAAUGCACCACAUGGAUAUUUGAACACGACGAAGUAUAAUUUACUGCCACCAGGGGGCGUUUGCAAAACUUUAAGCAACGACAGAGACCACUGCCCAAUAGCAGGGGACGAGCGCGUGAGUGAGAAUCCGGCCCUGGGAGGGAUGCACGUGCUCUGGGUCAGGCUCCACAACCAGAUCGUCCGGCAGUUGGCCAAAAAUAAGUCUUGGUCUUCGUACAAAAUAUUCCAAGAGACUCGUAAAAUCCUAGGCGCCAUGAUGCAGUUAAUCACCUAUAAACAUUACUUACCUAAGAUAUUGUCAUCACGGACCAUUGCAAGGCGCAAUCUUAGUCUGAAGGAGCAUGGUUACGAGACCAGAUACGACCAGGAGAUCGAUCCUUCGGUGAAGAACGUGGUCGCAGCGGCGGCCUACCGAUUCGGUCAUUCAAUGAUUCCCCCGGAACUGGGCUACCUGUUUCACGACAUGACGAGGCGGACCUUUAAGCUGGAGGACACCCUCCUUGACCCACAUCUAGUGGUCACUCAGAGGGGGGUCUACCUCCCCGACCUCAUCCGAUUUGUGCUGAGGAACAGUUCUAGACUCGUGGACAGAGAAAUCGAGUCGGCAGUUCGGAACAAUCUUUUCGUCGACAAUCAGGGCCUGAGCUUUGACCUGGGGGCCUUCAACAUACAGAGAGGGCGGGAUCACGGACUACCUCCUUACGCGGACUGGAGGAAGCACUGCGGCCUCAGUGUACCAACCACUUUUGAGCAUCUGGAGGAUCAUGAUAUUCACACGCGAGAAAAACUAUCAAAUGUUUACGAAUUGGUGACGGACAUUGACGUUUUUGUCGGGGGACUGUCGGAACUUCCAGAGGAGGGGAGCGUGCUUGGUCCGGUCUUUAACUGUCUGAUCGGAAAACAGUUCCGGGACCUGAAGUUUGGAGAUAGAUACUGGUUUGAGAACCCUGGAAAUGGGGGAUUCACCCCAGAUCAGCUGAAGGUCAUUCGUAGUGUGACCUUGGCCUCCGUCAUCUGUAGUGUACUAGAGAUAGGUGAAAUACAGAGGGACGUGUUUGAAAUCCCACACAAAGGAAACCCACUUGUUUCCUGCAAGAAGAUUCCAAAACUAAACUUUGAAGCAUGGGAAAAAUAGAAUUAAAAAGAACAAGCGUCCAUACCACAUGUUUAAACAGUUUGCUUGAUAAUCAAUGAAUUAUCAACUUUGAUCAUUUUAAAAGAAGCACAAGGCGAAAUAACUUGCAUGUUAAUGCAGUGUGCAUCGGCGUUAUCUUCU